AAUUAUAUAAAUUAAUAAAGUGUUAAUCAUGGGAAGCAGAAACGCAAAUUCACGUGACACGAUACUUAUGUAUGAUAAUAGAGACACGCAAAGUCAGUGGUCUGUUGUGGUAUCGACCAGUCAUAUUCCUGGUAUGGACAACGCAGCGGGAACAGACUCUCUCGGAACAACUGGAAGACAUCGGUUGCGAUACGGAUCGCUAGUUUUAGGAGCCUUCCUCACUAUGCAUUGUAGGGUUGCUGCAUCAGCACUCACUGGAGGGUUUUUUCUAUUCAUAAUGUUCCUUGUGACUGCAACUGCGGGCUUGGCGAAUCCUUUGCGACAUUUUGAAGUGUAUCUUGGGCAGUGGAGCAUCAGUGGUCCGGGACGCGCGUUUCGGAUAUUGCCAAUACUUGAUGGACUCGGAAUAGCGAUUUGUCUAAAUACUCUAGUACGUGCAAUCAACUGUUGUGCAAUUGCUGCGAUAUCAACUAUAUAUGUCGUUCAUUCAAUUUCCGAUUCCAAGUUACCGUUUUCACAUUGCAGAUAG